CUGGCGUGAACGACGCUGCAAAUUGACGUGAAUGGAUGAUGUUUUGGUCCGUCGUAUCGCAGUCUGUUGCCACAUUAUUUAAAUUCAUUAACGUUUUUUUAUUUACUGUUCUUAGAUACUUUUAAUUGUCCUCUGUCCUCUGCUGAAGACGGUGAAUGUAGUUGCGGCUUGAAUCAGCUCAACAAAUUCGAGAAACUGUCCGGGAGUCCUCCCAUCAGAGACUUAAAUUUGUAAACAAACACUGCACUGUAUUCUAACGUUAGCUGUUAGCCAUGUAGAAGUAACGUUACCUAGCUAUAAUUAGUUAGCUGCCGAGCAAUCUAAAUAGCUAGCUUUAUUGGUUAGGGAAGGCAGCUCUUCGAAUUACAAUGUUCGAGACAGACGAUUAACUUUAGCUUUGACUGUGACCAAGUAGUUUAUGCAGGUAACUAACUUUAGUUCAGCUUGCUACGGAAGCCAGUUGUCAACUGUCAUGGAAAUUAGAUGGCUAAUGUUGGGCAGCAAACAUUUUUCCUCAGUACAAUGCGUUGCCAGUCAUUUUUAUUUGUACUACUGAAUUUGUUGAGUAGAUCUUAAUAUAUAUCCAUAAGAAAUACUGCAGUGUUUACCAAUCAGUGGUAACCACAGUUUUCAAACUCAGAUUAAAGAUGGGAAAAGUAUCUGUGACUCAAGAGUGAUAGAUGGGGUUUCCCCUCCAGGUUCUGAGGGGCUGGUGUGUGACAGCCACUUAUGAGGUAGCUACAAUAGUUGCACAAGCUGGUCAUGCUGAGUUUAUAAUAUAAAUAUAAUAUAAUAUAAUAUAAUUCUCUCUCAGGGUAGCUAUCAGUGUGUGUUUGUCAUUCAACAAUACCCAAUGGACAAGCCACUUGUCUAGCCUAGUUGGUUAGACACUCAGCAAGCUUGAACUGAACUCUGCAAUGUAGAAAAUAGUAAAAAUAAAGAAAAACCCUUGAAUGAGUAGGUGUUCUAAAACUUUUGACCGGUAGUGUACACUCAAAGGCCAUUACUCAAAUUUGUAUAUAGGCUAGACCAAUUAUGUACCAAAGACCUCGUAAAUCAGUUUUGUUUUAUGUUUUUUUUACCAUGCAUGAUAUGCGGUAGGCUUUGUAUUGUAUAACGGCACAAUCAUAAUUUUAAUUCCGUUUUUUUCAUCUUCAGGCUUGGGCUCAUAAGCCUAUGCAUAAGCUCUAAUUAUGCUUAUGGGAGUUUUGAAUUAAUAAUCGCCUUAGAAAGCGCUGUCCAUUUCGUUGUGUUAGUCUUUGAAACAAAAACCAUGUUUUACACUGUUUCAACCUGCUGUUGAACUACUUUCUUCAAAUUGAUCAUCACAGUGAGUUUUAAAAGUAAGACAGGCCUACUGUUUUGAUGAUGAGUGUUUGAUGGGAUUUUCAAUUGCAUUUGCAUUGAUGUCAGAGUGGUUAGAGGGACAAUAGAGCACUGAGUACCAGGUCAUUGAAGACCUGAUGGUCGUUAGUGAGUUGGGUAUUACCAAAGCAUGUCCAGAGUGCAUAAAAGGAGAUUACUGUGAACGGUCAUGUGGAAUUUUACUUCAGUCAUGACUCAUAAUUGCCGAUAAUAUGGUCACCGCAACAUCCCUAACGUCUUGUCUCAGAUCUGCGGGACAAAGGCCCAAAAUGCGUGACUGUCCUACACAAUCCAGGACGUGGUCACCCUACGACUGUAACAAAUCGCCUAAUUCUAAACCCUUGGCUUGACAUUUAGGGGGGUUUCCUAACAACCAUGUCCUCUCUCCUACCUCCGUCCUGCAGGCGAUGGCCAUCAUUAAUGGCUACCUGUAUGUGUUUGGAGGGACGACAGGCUACGUUUACAGCACAGACCUGCACAGGCUGGACCUGACCACAAGGGAGUGGACCCACCUCAAGCCCAACACCCCCCACUACAGACCUGCCCGAGGAGCGGUACAGACAUUAGUUGGCUCAUGAUGGACAGAGAAUAUACAUCCUAGGAGGCGGGACUUCCUGGACAUCAUAUCCCCUAGACAAGGUACAGUACAGGAGGAGUGAAUGCUGAUGGUUGUUUUUACUGACAUUGUUUAACAUGGGGUUUACAUUCUGUUCCCCCCCCCCACCUCAGAUAUAUGCCUACAACCUAGAGAAUAACUCCUGAGAGGAGAUUGUCACCAAACCUCAUGAAAACAUUGGUUGGUUGCAUAAGUGUGUGUGUGUGUGUGUGUGUGUGUGUGUGUGUGUGUGUGUACACAGAUCAGUAAACAGAUGGGUGUCCUGUUCUUGUUGUCAGGGUAUCCUGCCGCACGGCGAUGUCACAGCUCUGUCCAGGUCAGGCAGGGUAAUAACUUUACAUCUCAGUUUAAUAGGAAUCAGCUGUGUGUCCAGGCUAUGGACUGGGAGUCAGUGUUCAAUCUGCUCUUCCUCCCCCCACAGAGGUGUUUCUAUGUGGGGGUUACAAUGGAAGGUCUGCAGGUUGACCACUGGAAGGUCAACCUGCAGACCUUCCAGUGGACCAAGCUGCUCAGUGUCAUGCCUGAGCCUGCUUACUUCCACUGUGCUGCAGUCACACCGGCUGGCUGUAUGUAUGUGCAUGGUGGGGUGGAGAACAGGAGAACUGGGUCUCUGUCUGUGUGGCUGGUGGUGCCCAGCCUGCUGGAGAUAACCUGGGAGAAACUGCUCAAGGCCUUCCGUCAUCUGGCCCAGCUCUCCCCCCAACAGCUACUCGGCCUGGGCCUCACACACACCCUCAUCCAGCGCCUCAAGUAGACCACCAGGGGCUCACUGGGGAACAGGUCAAAGGUCAAAGCAAGGACAGGGGUGAAGGGUGCUGGAUUUAGGAUGGAACUGAGUUGACCCCCUUUGCUGCCACCAAUGAGCAGAGAGACUGAAUGGCCAACAGACCAAUGAACAGGUGUAUUGGCAUGUGAGAAUGGACUCAAGGAAGAGAACUGAUGUACAAUGGAUGUAACGUCAGGUCAUCAUCAAAAACCAAAACAUUGGAUGCCUUUUUUUAUGAUGUUUUAAUGGGUUUGAAAUGCCAGGUGGAAUGUUUUGCUGAGUCCCUUUUGACCUGGUUUAUUUCAGGAUGGAUUUGCCUUAAUCUUUCAGAAGCCAUUGGUCGACUAGGAGACAGUGGAGAUUUAGUAGAUAUUGGAGAUCACUGAAUGCUGUUGAUUUAUUUAUUUAUAUGUUUGCAUGCAGCUGACGACACUCUUACCCAUUCUAUUCAGUAGUGUGUCAAGGCACUCUAAAACUACUCAUUAUGUCCACUUUGCCCAGUGGGAACCAGACAUAGGACAUGAUGCUCACAGACAGACAUGGUGUCUUGUUGUUUUCAAUUGUUUUCUGCCCACUGGUACAGAAACAUCUAUAACAUGUACAGACAGCUGCUGCUAUGUCCACUGUGACACACUGACAGGUCUAAUACCAAUAGGAAUGUCUUAAUAGGUCUCAUUUAGCAGGCUGGCGGGGCAAGGGACUGAUUUUAGGACAGAUCUUGUUCUGUAUUGCUCACCUCUUGAGCCAGUUUGAUGAAGUGAACCCUCUGACAUCACUGUGAUUCUCUAGUGCCUCUGUAGUCUUACAACUCCUAGUCUUACAGAAGCAAUGAUCUCACACACACACACACACAGGGUGCUGUGUGAAACUGUACUCUAUCUCCAAAGUGAAACUAAGCGCAUGCCAUUUUAUUUCAUUGUGCCUUUUUAAAUGACUUAUCAAAUGUCACAAACUGUAUUGGUUGUAGUGAAUUCUCUCCUUUUACCAAGCUUUUAAUUUGUGCCCCUGAAGUAUGGUUUUUAACUUUACUCCUAGUCACUGAAAAUAAGGAAAUGUCCAAAUAGCCCUCCACCAGUCUCUGUGCCCCAUGCUCUACUAAUAUGAGUCAUUGACUAACUUGUCUUUUUAAGGUUAUCCUCCUUCCACAUAUUCUGUUUACUGACAUUUGGUCAAACCCUUCUGUCCACCACAGGUUUCAUUGUUUGGGUGUCCGAAUGUCUAUCACACACAGUGAAGCCUUAACUUGUGAAUUUGGUUGGAUAUACUUUUUAUUUAGACUGACAAAAAAAAGUGUCAAGGGUCAUUUUAACAUUAAACCAAACCGGAGAUGUAUCUGUUGCAAAAAACAAUGACAACAUGACUGCCUUUCACUUUUCAACAAUGUUGGGUUUAAUCUCUGUUUAUUUAAUAUCCCACACUCAUGUUCCCUGUCAGUUAGACUGGUAGAAUGUAACUCACCUGUCAAUUCUAUGUGGAUUCUCCUUUAGUUUCUGCACAGAACACGGGUGUUCAGUCUGAAAUCUAGCCCAAACCUCUUAUAGUAGAUCUGGAAGAUUAGGUUUACCUUCUUCCACUAUGUUGCUUCCCCCUACCUAACUCUUAGGAUCACAAGAAGUGUCAAGGGGUACUGGCUAAUGGUUGAUUUUUGCACUGGGAAAUGUGACUUUACUAGAACUAUACUUUUUGGGAAACUGGGCUUCUGUAUGAGAAACUAUGCAUCCACCAGUCUGUAUCGUUUAGUUUUUUUGGAAAUCUAUGGAUAUAAUGGAUUUUAGAACUCUUUGCAUUUCAGUCUGUGCAUGAAGUCACUUUACACAUUGUUGUACUGAAUGUGGAUGGAAAAACUGACUCUGCACAAUUAAAGGUUUUGUAAUUUCAUUGUUUGGAUCACUAAAUGUACUGUAAGCAGUUAA